CGUUUACCUUCGUAAACGGACGGAUUUGCCGCCGUCGCUUGUAAAACACGUCGAUAGUGUAUCGUGUCGUUGCAACUAAGUGUAUUGUUUUACGUGAUUUAUUGAUCCAGUGUCGUUUAUCGGAGUUUUUGUAACAGAAAUCAAUCUUAGUGUUGGAACAAAACCAUAAACAAUUUCGUUUGCGCAGUAGUGGUUUUUUCUGCGUAAAAUUGUAAUGCAAUAUUAAAAUUUAUACCAGUGACCAGUGCUAGUGAUCAAAAUUAAAUUUCCAAAUUCAAAAAUAGCGAGAGAGAAAAUAAAAUAGAUUCUUUACUGAAUUAAAAUUUAUGUUCUAAUUUUGAAAGUUAUAAGCCAGUGUUGGAAAACAAAAUUUAACUUCCAAUUUCAAAAAUAACGAAUAAUAAAAAUAAAACAAGUUUAUUAUCGAAUUUAAAAUGUUCCCAAUUUUUUAAAUUAUGAAUUGUGAAGUGUGCUCCUGUUACAAGUGAGUGUAAAUGUGUGAAAAUCGAGUUACGAUGUUGAUCACCAAGUACACGGCGAUCCUGCUGGAAAGCGCUAAAAGCGCUGAAGCGAGGAACGCCGCUGUGAGAUUUGAUGGUGGGACCUCGUCAUCACGGGAUAGCCGUUCCAGCGUCCAAAGAGCUGUCAGACGCCGACGCAUCCCUUACAGACAAAAAUGUAGAUAGAUCAAAUAGCCACAUUACUAAAGGUACGAUGUCAAUUGACCAGGCGUCUCCACUGGUGCCGAUCAAGCCUCAAGUGGCACUCCAGAACAGUGCAUUUAUAAAGAACAGUCAUAAUCGCAGCAGUUUCUGUGGGGUGUCGCCCUCUGCUAAUAGCAACGGAACGUUUAAAACCUUUGCCGUUAAUCGCAAGAGCUGGAGUGGAAAUAUAACCCUCCCACUUCAACAAUAUGCUCCUGAUGUCGACCAAGCUCCGCAGUUAGCGACAUUUCGAUCGGGCACUGGCACUUUCCCGAGAAACAGGGAGAGAAACAAUAACAGUACCUCCAACGGAAUAUUAACACCUAACGGGAACUCGGUUCAGACGUUCAAAGGAAAUGAAAUAAGAAGGAGCGGAUGCUCUAACGGCCGACGCUACGCCGAGAUCGGAAACUGGAGUAAAAGGAAUGCGACAUUCCUUGAACCUCACCUUCAAGGUAUAAGACGUCGCGAUAGCAGGAGUUCAGACUCGGAUCACGAUGAACGAUCGACAGAAGACGACGAGCGCUCUCUCAUCCGCUGCACUCAGCGAACGAGACUACCGCCCCCUCCUCCCCCACCGCCAGACGACGAGCCCCCACCACUGAAGCCUCGAGAGUUUUUCGAAAGACUCCAGAGUCAAGCUAUGAAGGAGCAAGAGAAGCAGAGGCCACGAGAUACAGCUUUCAAAGACAACAGUCUAUUUAGGCCGGUUGAUCACGAAGGCAGUCUAGGAGAUAGUCUAAGUCAGAGUCGCGAAAGUUUAUCAUCUGACGGCGAGGGUGCACGGGGCGACUGCUCAUCAGUGGACUCCUCAGGAUCGGGGUCUGAAGAACAACCGCCAUGCGACAUCGGGCUCUUGGAACGGUUGAUCAGGACGCACCCCGUUUGGUUCCUACCCGGCAUACAGAGGGCGGGAGCGUUCCAUCUGUUGCAAGGGAAAGAGGAAGGGAACUUCGUCGUGCGCCAGUCCAGUCAACCCGACACAAUGGCUAUCAGCGUUCGUCUUCCUGCAGAUAAAGGGCCUUAUAUAGAGCAUUACCUCAUCCAGGCAUCAGGAGGCCGUAUCGGCUUAGAGACAUCACACAACCGUUUCGAUAACAUACCUGAACUAAUUGCACAUUACUCACAAUGUUGCGAUGAAUUACCUGUGCAACUCCAGUUACCGCGUGCACUUCGUGAGGCGAAAAGUCGCCAACAACUUAGCUCCCUGACUUUGCUGGGUCAGGAAUUCUGGGGCUAUCCAAUGGCAAACCCUAAAAACAACCCUCAUAGCCUACUCUCUCCUUGUCAGUUGGCUAAUGGAGUUGUACCAAUGGCCGUUACGCCAUCAGAUACAGCAUCUAGUCUAAGCAGCUUCAACGCAAGUACAGGAACUAUUUCCAGAGAACAUGUUUUAAGUCCGGAAAAGGACAAGAAUGUCGUAUUAAAAAUGUCACCAAUAGACAGAUCUGGUUCCCCACCGAGUCAAAAUCAGAAUCUUAGUACAUUUAAAGGACGAACACCUCCGUCUCCACCAGCAAAACCUAGUGGGACAGCAUUUAUCAGAGCGCCUAGGCCUACCCCACCAAAUACUCUUAAUCUAAUGUCUAGUACCGCUCUUAUAACUCAACCUCAUACAUUUCCCACGACCCACACACAACAAUCUCCUACAUCGAAUCACGUCAAAACUACCCCACCUCCACCACCUCCACGAUGGGCCAAGCCGCCUGUUUCUAAAAUGUCCUUAUCUCCUAAAUCCGAAGCUCAAGCUUUCAGCCCUAUUAACAAGGCUUCACAGAAUGGAAACAUAACAGUUACAACAACGGUUACUUUCUGUGUCAAUAACACACAAAUUCAUAAUCAUCAAAUAAACGAGAGCAUACAAAGUGAUCGGCUGCAACUAACGCUUGCAUCUAAUGCAAUCAAUAAUAACAACAGCGCAGACUCUGUUUUCAACCUAGGGGACAAUGGCAAAAACUUUGCUGAGUCUGAUGGAGAAACACAGAAUAUGAUGCAUCGUAUGUCGCCAGAAGGAGAGUGCAUUAACGCAAUGACAGCUAGUUUGCACGGAAGCUUCAAAAGACAAAUGACCGAACAAGCAAAUACCACCGAACCAGAAUCGCCAGCUGAGCCCCAGUCCCAAACGAAUACCUCUGACUCAGUCGAUCCCAUCGUAAACACUUUCUCUAAAUCUAAUAACAGUUUUACUUCAAAUCACUUAGUGUCACCUAAUGGCACUAAUUCUGUUACAAGUGGUAUAUUUUCACCGACAAGUCAAAUUAAUUCUCCAGUAUCAAACGAUACUAUAUCGUCUAAAAGUGGCGUCUUUUCUCCUGUUAGUCAAACGAAUAAAAGUGAAAUAUUUUCUCCUGUAUCUAGAAGUUCACCAAUAUCAAACAAAAAUGUUUUUUCUCCAACUUCUAACCAAUCUAUCGUUUCACCUAUGAUGGGUAAAGAUCGUGAUAAAGUGUUGUCACCUAGCACUAAUACAACGAGUACUACGCCAUCUGGUAGAUCAAGAAGGAGUAGACACUCCCAGAGAAAGGAGUCCAGACAUUAUCAGGAAUCAGAUAUUUUAGAAUCGCCAAGUGUAUAUUGUAGGAGUUCUUUAAUGGAUAAAGUAUCCGACUAUGAAGAUAUUUGGGGACCAGAAUGUAAUAAUUGUUCAACUUUCAAGCCUUUAAGACUAGAAAAUGAUAAUAAUUUAAAUAAUGGAUUAAUGAAAAGUAAGAGACCCGACCUUUUGCCAGAUACCUUGCCAAAGCUUAAUGCAGCUAAAAGUACACAAUCUAUUUUGGAGAAGGAAAACAUACAUAUUUUAAACUCGACAGAAAGUUUGAAUGAAAAGAAGAACCUCUCCGACAGCUCUUUGAAAAAGAGUUACAAAGGUUCCAAUGAAAUUAUAGCGACAACGAAUAGCAAAGGAGAUAUAGUACCAAAGAGGCCAGACAAACUUAAUAUUGUUAUGAAUAUGAAUAAGAAAUUAACUGAAGAAAUAGAAGCAGCUUUUAAAAGUAGAGAAAAUUCUAAUGCAGAAAGUAUGGAAACAGUGAAAUUAGAAGACGACUGUGUUAAAGAUCCGAUUAGUGAUGACUCUGAGAAAGAUAACGCUGGCAGUCCUUUCUAUGCGGACCCUGUAGAUGCAAUUAAUGAAGCUGCCUUACCCCCUGUGCAAAGACGAAAGCUAAUCAGAGUCGGCGUGAAUCUCUCCCAGAGAUACUCAGAGCCUCCCAAUCAAAAUCAUCCAUACUAUCCUCUAAGAGAUAUGCACAGCAUUGAAGAACUAUCGCCGUCAUCCCCAAAUACAUCGUCAUCAGUGGACAACCUGGUGUCACUGCGCAGCAAGCCGAAAGUGAAACCGGUGCAGCCACCACGGAUCAUCAGUAAGCCGCCAACAGGCAAGAACGACCAGACUUGGACCAUUGACUCCAGUUGGGAGUUCAUAAAUAAAAAUGACGAAUGCUCGAACAGCGAAGGCACGUUCCCUUCGCUAGCUGAACAAGAGUGCCGGCUGAGUGGGGUCGACGACGGCGUGCAGCACCUUACAAUGCAUCAAGUUGUAGCACAAAGACUACCUGAACUAAGACUGAACUUAGAACCAGUUGCUUUGCCAGACGAGACACGCUCGCCGCCCCGCGCCUCCUGCUACGACAACGUGCAUGAUCUAAGGCCCAUGUCCGAACAGGCGAGCGAUGAUGGAACAGUAUUCUCAGAGCCAUGGGAUAGUUCCCAGUGGGACGGUCUCAUACCACCGUCUAACAGACAACCACCAUACGAAGCAGAGGAACCCAGUGAAUGGGAGUCACCUUUACCAAGAAGGGGUCCGACUAUUACCAACCGUGCCAAAAGCUUCCGAGAUCGACUGGAUCCUUUACUUGCGGCGGGACGAGUGCGGGCGCUGCGGGGUGGUCGCGGCGUGCGCGGGGCGGGGGCUGGAAUCCGCGCGUACGCACUACACCUCGCCCAAGACAAGAGUACCGUCUUUGCGCAGAAUAUUGACAACUUCAUCGCUUGCACACUCGACUCCAAAGAGACUGAACCGAAGGUAAUGAUGAGCAAUAUGAGACAGUUUAUGUCCGGAAUGAAAAACUAUCUCGUCAAGCACGGCGAGAGAGAGUUUAAUAAGGAAGUCGAGAAGGAGAGGCUCAAGUUGAAACCUACGGAGUUCCUAAACCUGGACGCGAUCCUGGAGGGCGUGAUGUACCGCGUGGUAGUGCGGCCGCUGCGCGCGCGGCUGUACUCGCUGCUGGCGACCAAGUACGCGAGCGAAGUGCGCUGCAUGCACGCCGCCAGCGAACGCGCGAUGCACGCCACGCCGCUGCAGCUCGGCAUCAAGGAAGCGACAAAAGUGCCACCACCGUCGGUGUUGUCAGUGAUCUCAAAACACUUCGUCAAGAUGCAAGAAGCCGACUCCCCGUUGGAUAAACUCGAGAAUCUUCUAGCUGCCAUAUCUGUUAUGUUUAAUUCGAUUCGCGGCGACCGUGCAGUGGGCGCGGACGACCUACUACCAGUGUUGGCGUGGACAUUGGCGCGCUGCCGAUUUAUAUGCGCCGAGCUGGAAGCAGAGUUGAUGUCCAGGCUGCUGCCGGCCGCCGUGCUCGCCGGCGAGGGCGGAUACUACCUCACCACGCUCUUUUCCGCCGUCGCAGUGCUUAAGAAGUUUGCGCCGCAACCGGCGCCCGACACCACCAUGCCUUGGUUGCGCGGCUCGGUGGAGGCGUGCGCGGCGGGCGGCGGCGCGGGCGGCGCGGUGGUGCGCGUGGCGCUGCCCGACGAGUGCCGCGGCUCCAUCCGGCGCGUGGCGCUGCCGUGCCGGCCCGGCGCGCGCGCGCGCGACCUGUGCCGCGCGCUCGCGCACGCCGCCGCCAUCACCAACCCGCAGGACUACGCGCUCUUCGCGCUCCACGACGGACACGAAACCAUGUUGAACGAAAAUGACUGUCCGCAAGAAGUGAUGUCGGAGAAAAUUGGACAUAAUUUCAUACUAGCAUACAAGAGAAUAGAUGCCAAAAUCGCAUGGCCCCAACAAGCGCUGCUCUCCUAUCCUUAAACAAAAAAAAUCUCAAUAAUCAUUAAGUAGGCAAAAUCUCUUUAAAAGUUUACAAAAACCUAAUUUUUUACUAUAACGAAACUUUACAAAAGGUUGUCGAAUUGCAUUCAGUGUUGUAAUGUAAUUUACACGUUUUGGAAUAUCACUACAAAUUCUGUAACAGCAGAAAUAGAAGUGGGCACGGAAUACCAUCACUGGAAAAAAAACUAAACAAAUGGAAAAUUAUUUAAUUUUAAUAGCAAAAUAAUGACAUUGGAAAUACAAGCGACAAAUACUGUCUCGAAAGUGUAUUUUAGAAACAUACAUAUAAAACAACACUGAAAAACAUAGUUUUAAUUACACUCUUUCAUAGAAGUACAAUUGGUAAAAUACAGGAAGUACCUGUGAAAUAGUGCAAGUGUUCUAAAUAAUAAACAUUGAUUCCAAAUUCGACCAAUUAAGAAAAAUAAACAGUAUUACAAAUUAAACCAUUACUUCUAAGAAAUGGAGUGAUUUUCUUAAAUUCUGUAUAUCAGCAUGAAUGUUAUUGGAUUAUAACGUACAUAUAUAGCUUAUAUUUUUAUCACACAAACAAUAAUAAAGUGAUAUUUUCUAAGAUAUUACCCAAUUAAUUAAAUAUGCUAUUGUUCUCAUAAGCUUACAUUACCUAUAAGUACAUCGCUAAAUAGGUAGGAUUUUUAAAAUGUCACUAAUGUCUGACAUAUUACUACGUAGCUUUUUUACUCAAUAAUUAGUAAGUAAUUUUGUAUAACCUGACUGAACGCUUCAAGUGUCUACUGACACUGAUAUUGUACAUUUUGUAUGACGUGUGGUUUUAAUUCGAUUUUGUGUGAUUCUUAUACGCUAAAUGGAAGAUUUACAACUUACCGAUUUUUAUUGUUCCAUAUUAUGUAGUCAACGGAGUAACACUUAUCCAACUAUCUUACAAAGGUAGUUUCUUCAAGUGUUUAUUUAAAUGUUCCUAAAUUCGACGUGCACAGGACUCGCUAACUAAAUUGUUAUAUAUAUUUUUUUCCUAAUUUUAAUAUUUUCCCAAAAUAUUCUCUGCUGUUUUGUUUUAACUUUUAAAGUAUUGGUAUUUAGACUUUUUAAUACUAACUUGUUUAUGAACUGUGAUGUAAUUUGUAUUAGUAAUGUAAGGAUUUGUAUUGAUUUUGUAUAUUCGUAGAUACGUUUCAAAGGCGUUAAUAUAAUUUAUUUAUAUUUAAUCAUAAGAGAAAUAUAAACCGUGAAAGAUAAAGAGAGUAAUGAAUAAAUUGCAGCCUACUAAAUAAAAAAAGUGUAUUUUUAUGCAAUAAUUUUAAUACAAAAGUAACAUCUAAAGCUGGCUUAACCUAUAAUUAACACACAUAUUUAAGGCUAAGCAGUUUAUAACUUGGAAUGAAGAGGAAAACAAGAAGAAAAACAAAAUAUGACCAAUAUUUUGUUUUCAUUACACCGCUAGUUUUUAAUUAUUUUAUUUACAUAGAGAGAUUAAUAAAAAAAUUAAACAAUUUCAACUUAUUGUUAUUUUUAUACAACGAAAACAGCUGAUAUUUAUUCACUAUUCUUAACAAAUACUGUUUAGUUCUACCUUAACUACCACUAAACCAGCGUCAACGUGGGAUAUCUGUGUGGCAUUUAAAUUUAAUAAAGCAGUAUUACAACUUACAUUAAUUAUUCAUAUUUAUUUGAACAAAAUUGAUAUGUCACAAAUGAAGAUGCCGUGGUAUAAAUUAAAAUGCCACAAAAAUAAAAAAAAUGUGAUCAACAGUCAUUUAAAAUACUACAGAAUUUUUUUCAAGAUUAUCAUUCAUGAGAUUACCACAUAAUUACAAUUUAUUUUAAAUAACACAGGUAUUCCAUGAGAUUAAAAUUAAUUUAAAAUACCACAGAUAAUUCAGUGGUAAUAAUGUAACUGAAUACUAUUUUGAGUCUAGUUUGUGGUGUUACAAAGGUAGACUAAACACGAGCAGCGGUGAGCAUACCGUUUGUAUUUAUUACAGUCUUGUAUUUUAAAGUUAGUUAUAUAACACGUAUAUUGUGUUUUGAUAACAUUUUCAGUCAUUUGUGAAAAGUAAAGGAAUUUUUACCAAAUCUAAAA